AUGCCCGCGACAUUUAAGAAGGCAAGUCGUGAUCAAAUGCAAGGCCCGCGUGUCCUGUACUGGUUCCGCACAGACCUGCGGCUCCACGAUUCGCCAGCCCUCACGCAUGCCUUGUCCCUCAACCCCUCCGCCCUGAUGCCGCUGUGGACGUGGGAUCCUCACUACGUCUACCGCCAGCGCGGAGCAGCGAACCGAUGGCGCUUCCUUGUCGAAUGCAUGGGUGAUUUGUCACAAAGCCUGACCGAAUUGAACGACAAGCAGAAACUGUUCGUGGUCCGCGGGAGUGCCGGGCCGCCUAAAACCAUCGGGAUGCUCCUGCGCAAGUGGAAGAUCGACGUGCUGGUCUUCGAGAAGGACACGGAUGCCUAUGCGAGGAUGAGGGACGGCGAGGUCUCCAAAGUCGCGCGGGACCUCGGCGUGCAGGUGGUGAGCGUGAGUGGACGGACGUUGUUUGAUUCCGAGGAAGUCGUCAAGAUGAACGGCGGCAAGCCAACUAUGAGCAUGGCCCAAUUGGUCAAGGCCGUGGCGAAAAUCGGUCAAGGUGUCCCCGCGAAGCCUCUGGGGAGGCCGACCAGCUUUCCAGAUCCCUUGAAUGAGCGGGAGAUGGAUCUAUCAGAUCAAGAUCAUGAAUUGUUGGGGGACGGGCAGAGGCGGGAUCAAACGUCACUCCUUGGAUGGCCAGGUGUUGCCGACAUGGACUACAAUGCCAUCCAGAGAACGCUGGGCCCGGAGAAAGACACGCAGUAUGCCUCGGGGCUGAUGGGCCCAGGCCGCGACUUCUCGAUCCCGACCCUAGAAGAAAUGGGCAUCGACCCGUCGUCGGUGACGACGCCGCACCAGGGUGGCGAAACAGCAGGCCUGGCACUCCUUGCAGGCCACGUUGCUGACGAAGAGUACAUAUCUACGUUCGAGAAGCCAGCAACAGCCCCGACUGCAUUCGAACCACCUGCCACGACGUUGCUAAGUCCACACAUGCAUUUCGGGACGGUCUCGUGUCGAAAGUUUUGGUGGGACGUGCAGGCUGUGCUGGAGAAGAGACGCAAGGAGAAGAAACGCGUCAGCGAUCAACCUGUUAACAUCCCGGGACAACUGCUCUUUCGCGACAUGUAUUUCGCAGCCCACGCGCAGGUGGGAGUCCCCUUUGGCCAGACAGUGGGCAACCCCGUCGCGAGAUUUAUCCCCUGGCACUUGCAGUCGAGAUACUUCGUUGGCGACGACGGAAAGCCCGUUACCGACGGCUCCUACGUCGUCGACGACGCCCAAGCCGAAGAAUACUUCCAGCGAUGGAAACACGGGCGCACGGGGUUUCCCUGGAUCGACGCCCUGAUGCGCCAACUGAAGCAGGAAGGCUGGAUCCACCAUCUCGGCCGCCAUGCCGUGGCGUGUUUCCUGACGAGAGGAGGCUGCUACGUGUCGUGGGAGCGCGGCGCCGAGGUCUUUGAGGAGUGGCUCGUCGACCACGAAGUCGCGUGCAAUGCUGGGAACUGGAUGUGGCUGUCGUGCACGGCGUUCUUCAGCCAGUUCUUCCGGUGCUAUUCUCCCGUGAGUUUCCCCAAGAAGUGGGACCCCGACGGCUUGUUUGUGAAGAGGUACAUUCCCGAGUUGGACAUGUUUGACAAGAAGUAUAUCUACGAGCCGCAUAAAGCGCCGAUCGCGGAUCAGAAGCGCUGGGGGUGUUUGGUAAAGGGCGACGGAAGAAGCGCCGCCGGGACGGAACAAGACGGGAAAAGGAAGUACAACCUGUAUCCGAAGCCCAUGUUUGACUUCAAUGAGAGGAGGCAGUUUUGCCUGGAUCGGAUGAAGCAGGCUUAUGAUGUGGGUCUAUUUGGUGAUGACCAGAGGGUCAUUAACGGGGAAUGGAAAAAGCUGUUUGGUUUCAACGAUGCUGGCGGUGCGUUGAAGGAGGAGGCGAAUGGUGGGAUAGGAAGCGGUGAUAAGCGGGCAAGAGACGACGAUGGCGCCGAUAGACGACACGGUGAUGAUAUCAGAGAAGACGCCGGCGUUAAUGAUGAGAGUCAAGAUGGCCACCGGCUUGGGACGAGGAGGAAGGCCGUGAAGCGAGAGACUAGGAAGGAAGACAAGCAGCAGCGCACCCUAGACGCGACACUAACUCGGAAGAAGAUGUAG